GGCUUCCGGAGUCCCGCUGCGAAGAUGCUCAAAGUCACGGCGCCCUCCUGCUCUACCUCGUCCUGCUCUUCGGUCGCCGCCAGCGCGGCCCCCGGGGCCGGGAGCCUCGUCCCGGAUUACUGGAUCGACGGCUCCAACAGGGAUGCUCUGAGCGAUUUCUUCGAGGUGGAGUCGGAGCUGGGACGGGGUGCUACAUCCAUCGUGUACAGAUGCAAACAGAAGGGGACUCAGAAGCCUUUUGCUCUCAAAGUGUUAAAGAAAACAGUGGACAAAAAAAUCGUAAGAACUGAAAUAGGAGUUCUUCUUCGCCUCUCACAUCCAAACAUUAUAAAACUUAAAGAGAUAUUUGAAACCCCUACAGAAAUCAGUCUGGUCCUAGAACUCGUCACAGGAGGAGAACUGUUUGAUAGGAUUGUGGAGAAGGGAUACUAUAGUGAGCGAGAUGCUGCUGAUGCUGUUAAACAAAUCCUGGAGGCAGUGGCUUACCUACAUGAAAAUGGAAUUGUCCAUCGUGAUCUCAAGCCAGAGAAUCUUCUCUAUGCAACCCCAGCCCCAGAUGCACCGCUCAAAAUUGCUGACUUUGGACUCUCUAAAAUUGUGGAACAUCAAGUGCUCAUGAAGACGGUGUGUGGAACCCCAGGGUACUGCGCACCCGAAAUUCUCAGAGGCUGUGCGUAUGGACCUGAGGUGGACAUGUGGUCUGUAGGAAUAAUCACCUACAUCUUACUUUGUGGAUUUGAACCAUUCUAUGAUGAAAGAGGCGAUCAGUUCAUGUUCAGGAGAAUUCUGAAUUGUGAAUAUUACUUUAUCUCCCCCUGGUGGGAUGAAGUGUCUCUCAAUGCCAAGGACUUGGUCAGGAAAUUAAUUGUUUUGGAUCCUAAGAAAAGGUUGACGACCUUUCAAGCUCUCCAACACCCGUGGGUCACAGGGAAAGCAGCCAAUUUUGUACACAUGGACACGGCUCAAAAGAAGCUGCAAGAAUUCAAUGCUCGGCGCAAGCUGAAGGCAGCGGUGAAGGCUGUGGUGGCCUCUUCCCGGCUGGGAAGUGCCAGCAGCAGCCACGAGAGCCACAAGGCCAGCCGAGAACCGUCUCCAAUUCAGGACGACAGAAAGGUGGGCACAGCUCUUCCAGAGGGAGAGGAUGAGGCGGAGCUGAUGAAGGUGCAGACCUCCAAGGAGGUUAAAGAUGCAGAUGUCAGUGCUGAGAAGCCCCCCGAGAUGGCACAGGAUGAUGAGAUGAAGGUGGCUGGCGACGAAAUUAAGGAGGGCCUCCUGGAGGAGAAAUGGAAGACCUUGGAGGAAGCCACAGCCCCCAAAGAAGGGCAAGAACAGCCUGCUGUGGGAUUUGGGAUGCCGCAGCAAGAUGCGAUCCUGCCAGAGUACUAAGUCGCCUUCCUUCAGAUGUGGAAGCCAAGCCCCAGAAUUUUAUGGACUUUGUCCUUCAGCAAGGAAGGUGU